AAAAAUAAAAAUGAGAAGGGAAAAUAGCACAUGAAAAUUCUUGCAAUAAAUUCGAUCACCGACGCGAAAAAUUGAUAUAAAUAUGAUCUCUCUCUCUUCUUCAUUGUCUUAUGCUUCUCUUCUCUCUGCUCUCCCUCUUCCUGAGCUCCAAUUUCCACAUCUAGACGUAUUUGCCACUGCUGCUGAUAUCCCUCUUUCAGAGGGGAAGGUCCGAUCUUGAUAAAAACUGAAAUCCCGCGAUAUAUAUUGGUUUUUUCUUGGCAUUAUCGUUGAUUUCCUGAUCUGGGCUAUCCAGAUCUGCCAAGAAAACAGAGAAGAUGGAAUCUUUUCGCAAUGUGAAGAUCUGGGCCAUGCUUAUUUUCAUGGCGUUUGUCCAACUAGGCCAGGGGUUUUAUCUCCCUGGUAGUUACCCUCACAAGUAUGGAAUCGGUGAUUACUUGAAUAUGAAGGUCAAUUCUUUGACUUCAAUUGACACUGAGAUUCCCUUUAGCUAUUAUAGUUUGCCAUUUUGCCAGCCGAAAGAGGGUAUUAAGGACAGUGCUGAAAAUCUUGGUGAGCUCCUUAUGGGUGAUAGGAUUGAGAAUUCUCCGUAUAGGUUUAAGAUGUAUACCAAUGAGUCCGAUAUUUUUCUAUGCCAAACUAAGCCUUUGUCGGCUGAUGAGUUUAAGCUAUUGAAAAAGAGGAUUGAUGAGAUGUACCAGGUGAAUGUGAUUCUAGAUAACCUGCCCGCGAUUCGGUAUACUAAGAAGGAUGGUUUUAUGUUGAGGUGGACUGGUUACCCGGUCGGUGUGAAGGUGCAGGAUGCCUAUUAUGUGUUCAAUCACCUUAAAUUCAUGGUUCUUGUUCAUAAGUAUGAGGAUAAUGUAGCUCGUGUUAUGGGUACUGGGGAUGCAGCUGAGGUGAUCCCUACAAUUGGAAAUGCGGGAUCCAAUGUGCCUGGAUACAUGGUUGUUGGAUUUGAGGUGGUGCCUUGUAGUUUCCAGCAUAAUGCUGACUUGUUGAAGAACUUGAAUAUGUAUGACAAGUAUCCAAAUCCAAUUAACUGCGAUCCAGGCAUGGUGGCCAUGGCUAUUAAGGAGAAUGAGCCGCUGGCUUUUACGUAUGAGGUGACAUUUGUGGAGAGCGACAUCAAGUGGCCAUCAAGGUGGGAUGCGUAUUUGAAGAUGGAGGGAUCAAAAGUGCAUUGGUUCUCAAUUCUCAACUCUCUCAUGGUGAUCACUUUCUUGGCCGGCAUUGUGCUGGUGAUCUUUUUGAGGACAGUUAGGCGGGAUCUUACUAGAUAUGAGGAGCUUGACAAGGAAGCUCAAGCCCAGAUGAAUGAGGAGUUGUCAGGAUGGAAACUUGUCGUCGGUGAUGUUUUCCGUGCACCUACUAAUCCAUCACUUCUGUGUGUGAUGGUUGGGGAUGGAGUACAGAUACUUGGAAUGGCAGUUGUGACGAUUUUGUUUGCUGCCCUCGGGUUUAUGUCCCCUGCAUCACGGGGGACACUCAUAACUGGUAUGCUGUUUUUCUACAUGAUUCUUGGAAUUGCAGCUGGUUAUGUUGCUGUUCGCUUGUGGAGGACUAUACUUGGUGGAGCUAAUAAGGGCUGGUUUUCAGUUGCAUGGAGAGUUGCUUGUUUCUUCCCCGGUAUUUCUUUCCUUAUCCUUACCACUUUGAACUUCUUGUUAUGGGGUAGUAAGAGCACAGGAGCUAUUCCAUUUUCAUUGUUUGUUGUACUUAUUUUGUUGUGGUUCUGUAUCUCCGUUCCCCUUACCCUGGUUGGUGGCUUCUUUGGUGCCAGAGCACCUCCUAUUGAAUAUCCUGUCCGAACCAAUCAAAUUCCCCGUGAAAUCCCAGCUCAGAAAUAUCCAUCUUGGCUUUUGGUUCUUGGGGCCGGUACCCUUCCUUUUGGGACACUUUUCAUUGAACUCUUCUUCAUAAUGUCCAGUAUCUGGAUGGGUCGUGUAUACUAUGUUUUCGGAUUCUUAUUAAUUGUUCUGAUCCUCUUGGUAGUGGUUUGUGCUGAGGUAUCCCUUGUUCUAACUUACAUGCAUCUCUGUGUCGAGGACUGGAGAUGGUGGUGGAAAUCCUUCUUCGCUUCUGGUUCUGUUGCCAUAUACAUCUUUCUUUACUCCGUCAAUUAUCUGAUAUUCGACCUUAAGAGUUUGAGUGGACCGGUAUCCGCCACCCUUUACCUUGGUUAUUCACUCUUCAUGGUUCUUGCAAUCAUGCUUGCAACGGGCACUGUUGGAUUCCUUUCCUCAUUUUGGUUCGUGCAUUACCUGUUUUCGUCCGUGAAGCUCGAUUAGAUCCAUCUUUUGGCUACUAGAGUUUCAUUACUGCUAUGAAGCUGCAGCUUUGGAGAUCUGUUCUUAUUUUUCUUGUUUUUUAUGCCAUUUUAUAGGGAAAUGUUGGAUAGAAACAAGAAUAACCGAAUGAAGUAUUUUGUUAGAUUCUUUGUUAGCUAAAAAUCUUUGGAUGCUAAACCAACUAGAAUUUGCAUAGAUGGCAGGACAUUUAUUCGAUACGACAAUGUUUUGAGACACAUUUCUUAUGCAUUCUUGGUUCUUGAUUUUUAUUUGAUGACGACGCAGUUGAUUCA